AUGUCCGCUCCGUCCACUUCGUCGUCGUCUGCCACCUGCCCUGUUGACCACGCAACACUACCGCCCUCCUACCCAGUCCACCACUCAGCUGCUAAGUCUUGUCCAGUCGACCACACCUCACAGGAGUCUGAGUCGACGUGGAGCCGUCUCUUUUCUUCCAGCUCACCCGGUCGUGCCUCAGUUACCCUUUCUCAAGAACGUGAAAUAUCGUCAAUACUUAAAGGAGAGAACGAGAAAUGGGUGUACCCCUCGGAAGCACAAUUCUUUGCUGCCAUGGCGCGUAAGAAUCAUAAUCCUCAAGCCGCGGACAUGAAGACCAUCGUUCCUAUCCAUAAUGCCGUCAAUGAGCGCGCAUGGUCAGAAAUCCUGAAAUGGGAGGAGGGCAAGGGCGGAGAUGCUUGUGGUGGAAUAAAGCUGGUCAAUUUCAAAGGUCGACCUGGCGAUAAAAGCCCUAAGGCACGGUUAAAUAUGCUUCUUGGGUACGCCGCUCCUUUUGACCGUCAUGAUUGGGUUAUUGAGCGUUGUGGAACCCGAGUGCGGUAUGUCAUCGACUUCUAUACAGGUCGGAACGCCGACCCUUCAAAAGAGAACCUUUCGUUCUAUCUGGACGCUCGGCCAGCACUAGAUAAUUGGGAAGGCGUCAAGAUGAGACUAGAGCGACUAUGGAAAUAA